AUGAUUACCUCAAUUGUAAUAGAUGAUAACCAGAUCAAUUUUGAAGAUAUAUUUCCCCAAUGCAUGUAUGAUUAUGAUAAGCAUGCAAAGUGUAAAGUAAAUCUUGAAUCUGAUGAUAUUAAUAAUACUUGUAGGCAUAUUAAGAAACAAUUGGGCUCCAAAGAUUCAGUGGCGAACUUUUUACAAUAUUGUAGAGAACUUAUACACUAUUUAGACUACAUAGAAAGAAUAAAUUCCCCCGCAUAUAAAAAAACAAGUUGUAUAUUUUUUUACUAUAUUCUAAGUCUUCUACUAAAAAGUAGCAAUUACUCUGUCAAUCAAAUUCACGAUGCAUAUCAUAAAAUGAUUAGUGAAACCAAUGAAGAUAAUAUGAAAAAAGUUUCUAAUGUAUGUCAGAAUGAUUUUAAAAAUCUGGGGAAUAAUAUAUAUUUAACUUUGCACAAACUAAAUGAACUAUAUGAAAUAGUUUCAGGAACACGUAUAAAUUGCUCUGAACAAAGUCCUUGUUAUGCUAAGUACAAGGAACUAUCAGAAAUAUGUAAUCGCUCAAAAAACAUUAGUCUUUGUAGAGUGCUAAAGAAUUUUGAAAAUGCAUAUAUGACAUAUUUGCCAUACGUACAAGAAAUACUGAAUCUCCGUAUAUCAUUGAAAAAUACACGUAUCAUUAUCUUAACAUUCCUUAUUAUACCUUUUACAAUAUUAAUUAUAACACUUUUUUUAUAUAAGUAUACUCCGUAUGGUUCAUUCUUACUAUCAACAGUAAGAAAGAUAAGGAGAAUAUUGAAAAAAAAAAAUAAAGAUCAUCUCAACAUAAUGGAUUCAUCAGAAUUCACACAACAUAAUGUGUUUCAUAAUGUGUACCAAAUAGAAUGA